AUGAAUUGGGAUCAUGAACAUAGGCCUUGUGACAAGGUGGAGAUCAAUGAAGCAGUCGGAAAACUUUUGCAGAGCUUCAAUUACGACAACAUUGUACCUCAGCCUACCAAGGGUGGCGGUUGCAUGAGGCGCAAGCAUGUAAAGAGGCCGAUGAACGCGUUCAUGGUGUUCGCGCAGGCAAUGCGCCGGCGCCUUUCAGAGCAGCGACCCUCGCUACACAACGCUGAGCUUAGCAAGUCGCUUGGAUCUAUGUGGAAAAGUCUCAGCGAGGAAGAAAAACUGCCAUUUGUGAAAGAAGCAAACCAACUGAGAAUUCAGCAUAAAAGAGAAUACCCCGAUUACAAAUAUCAGCCACGGCGGCGCAAACCACCACCCACCUCAACUUCUGCAAGAUUGAAACGAGAACCUUCCCCAGAGAGAUCUCAAAUUGAUUUCUCGAGAAUAGAAGUAGAGUCUGGAGAGUUGCUAGCAGACGGUCCACCGGAUGGUGCUGAAUUGGAUCAGUAUUUGAAGCCAGGUCCAAUACCCGAUUACCACGAGUUACAGCCUCGUUACACGACACACUCCUUGGCGCACCAUCCAUCGCAGCUUUACGCACCUGUGCCAUCCCAUCUGCAUCCAUCUUGUGCGGACUGGCAGUACCACACUGGGCAUCCCUAAAUAAGAAUGUUGCGUGAUUAGAAAGUGUCUAAAAGUUCAUCCCUUUCAAUGACUGAAACAUAAUUCGUCUACUUCGAAAUCUUAACUAAUUAAUAUGGCGUCAUACUAAUACUUUAGUUCUUUUUGUGACCUUUUUUAAAGUGUGCUGACCUGACGAGGUCAAAAGAGUUGUUGCAAAAUGUUUUUAUAACCUACAAAAAUAGGUCACAUGGCUAUUCAGAAUUUGUAAAUAAUAUGAUGGCACAUGGUGGCUUGCAGACGCGCACGUGCGUGUAAUCAGGGAUGUUAUAUUAGACAAACAUUAUCAUUGCCAUGUUUAUAGAUUAAAGAUAUUGCUGUUGAAGUUUGCAGUGAUUUAAUAAUUACUUCAACGAACUCUUAUUUGGUUUGUGAAUAAAAAUUGUAUGAUAUAAACUUUUCCAUGUUUCAAAAUAGGUACU